GUCUUGACGUGGUAAUUUAAAUUCUGUAACCGCUCAGAGUGUGGGUGUGAUCGAGCAAGGAACAAACAAGAAACAGGAGAUGCUAUAAUAUGGGCGAGAAAUGAGAGAGCAAGUUGAACGUUUUUUGUUUUUUCUAAUGAAUUUCGAAAGCAAAGAAAAGAAAAGGUCUUUCAUACUUCCAACUAAAUUGUAUAGGUUCGACCUGAUCUGUCUCGUCUCUCAGACAAGCAACUGGUUGUGAGAAAUAUCCGGAACCACUCAGAUUCUCUCUCUCUCUCUCUCUCUCUCUCUCUCUCUCUCUCUCUCUCUCUCCCCUCGUCAAUCUUAGCUGAAAAAUGGGCUAAGCUUUUGGGUGAUUUUCCUCCAAGGGCUAUAAAAAUUACUGGUUUCUCGGAUUCAUUGACCAGCCACUAUUUUGUUUUGUCAUUGGGCAUUUGGGUUCUCCAUCUUCCUCUAGAUUUUGAUUCUAAACUCAACUUUCAUGGUAAUAAUCUUUUCUGGGGUAUCAAUGAACUCUUGGCCUUCUUUGUUUUGAAAGAAGUGUGUCGAUACUCGUUCGAUGAACCCUUUGCCAUGAGAAAGUAGCUGCUUUCUUAUUUUGAACGAAAACUAUGAUGGUCCUUUCAUUUUGGAAUUAGAUAGAUCAGAAUGGGACAAGAAGAGAGAAAUCCAAAGUGCAGCAUCAGUAGUUAUGGUGGUGUCAGAACAAGAUCUUCCAAAAAGCAGAAGCAAAAGAAAGUGCCACAGAGAGGACUUGGAGUGGCACAGUUGGAGAAGAUCAGAAUUGAAGAACAACAGAAGAACUAUGCAUCUGUUCCUGCAGUUUCAACAUUAACGCCUCCACAAGAUUCAGAUCCUGACAUGUCAGUCCCGGCGAAAGGCACAGCUCCAUUGGCAAAGGCCUUUAAAUAUGGUGGGCUUGAGAAUCCUGGUUUACCCCGGUAUGAUCCACCACCUUCUUCCAUGGUGAAUGCGUCAACAACUUCAUCAUCAUUCAUACUAAAUUCUCAGACAGAGCCCCCUUCAAACCAAAUCUAUCAUGGCAAUUAUGCUCCUAUCCAGCAGGAGGAAGAGAAGAUAAGUGGCUUGAAGCGGUCAUGUCCAUUCUCUUCAGAAAAGCUCCCUGUAUUUCCGGUCCACUCAAAGCUUCUUACAUCUGCCAGUACUCUCCCGGGGUCAGAUGUCUCGGCUUCAUCUGCCUAUGGAGCUGAAUUGAUUUACGAACCAGGGACCGGGAGUUUUAGGUAUUCUUCAUUUCAAGCUUCAGUUUCCGAUGCAAAAUCAAUUCCAAGUAAGAAACAAAAUGGAGUUUUCAGAAACGAGUUCCUCACAUUAGGCCUUCCUACUUUGGCAUCGGCAUGGCCGAGUACCAAGAGCAAGCAGCCAUUUGGUUCCGGAGCCUUUGCCGACAGUGAACCUCCCGAUAAUGAGAUACCACACUGUCAGGGACGUCAGCAAGAUUCAAAAUUUCAAAAGGGACCUAGGUGGGCGAAUCAGCAAGGGAAUUACAACUACUACAGCUUCCUCCCUUCGACAAAGAUGCAUUCUGAUGAAGGAGCUGCAAGCAUUACUAAUUUUCGCAAUGGAGUUGCAGAUGGAACCGUUGAUCUUGACUUGAAGUUGUAGAGAUGGGUGGCCAAGAUAAAGUCGUCGUGAGGCAUCUCAUUUAUUAGUGGCAAGCUCAGAAAAGAACUGCCUUUAUUUCCCCUGAACUUCAAGAUGGCUCCAUGUUACAUGCGAGGCUAAAGUGAGCGUUCUGACCUGAAAAGUGACGUGGAAAAGGAGAACGGAGAUUGGUUUGUAGAUAUGUUUGUUAGGACGUUACAUUUGAUGGAUGUUGGUUUUCUUGGG